AUGAAGCGUGGCAUUACCAUUGAUAUUGCCUUAUGGAAGUUCGAAACUACCAAGUACUACUGCACAGUUAUUGAUGCUCCUGGACAUCGUGACUUUAUCAAAAACAUGAUUACUGGUACUUCUCAGGCUGAUUGUGCCGUCCUCAUUAUCGAUUCUACCACUGGAGAUUUUGAGGCUGGUAUCUCAAAGGAUGGUCAGACUCGUGAGCACGCUCUUCUUGCUUUCACCCUUGGUGUCAAGCAGAUGAUCCGUUGUUGUAACAAGAUGGAAGCCACCACCCCCAAGUACUCAAAGGCUAGGUACGAUGAAAUUGUGAAGGAGGUCUCAUCUUACUUAAAGAAGGUUGGAUACAACCCAGACAAACUUGCCUUUGUUCCCAUCUCUGGAUUCGAGGGAGACAACAUGAUUGAGAGGUCCACCAACCUUGACUGGUACAAGGGACCAACUCUCCUUGAGGCUCUUGACAAUAUCUCUGAGCCAAAGGGACCCUCAGACAAGCCCCUUCGUCUUCCACUUCAGGAUGUUUACAAGAUUGGAG